UCCUACUCGUUCUUCAUCGGCCUCAGCUCACCACCCCACCCCACACUCCUUCACUCUGCUUCGUCUUGUCCCUCUGAUCCGCCCUGACCCAACCCCUCUGGUCUCCUCCAACAGGAAGAAGGGUCUUAGAAGGGUUUUGUCAAUAUUCGAACUUCCCGCUCCUUGACCCUUCCCCCGUCCCCUCUCGCAAACCCUAGAAGCUUCCCUCUACCUCUAGGGUUUGCUGGAGCUCCAUCUUUGUUCGUUCUUGCCCUGCUGAUUCGAGCUCCGGGUCUUGCCCCUUCGAGUUCGAGAACCAGAGGUAAGGUUCCGAAUUUCCCAGCUUGCUUCUCGCGGGUGUUGUUUCCAUCUCAGCCGCAGCCUAGGGUUUCACGGGACCGGCCUGGAUCUCCUUCUCCGUUUGGUUUCGGACUGGUCUGGACGAAACGGGGGAAGGAAAUUAGGGUUUUUUUGUUCUGCCUCCAGUUGCCCUAUAUGUUCUGUUUCCCACCCACUUGAGCUGAGCUCGAAAAAUUGAAUCUUCAUCCGUCAUUUGAAGCUGCUGGCGUGAAGCAUUUGGUUUUCUCUGUCAUCUUGAGCCGUUACUCUAUUGUAUUACAUGUCAUGGGGUGAAGAUUGUGACUUUCGCAUAAUAGCAGACUGAUAUGAGGUUUCGAAUAUGAACAAUGGAGGUGCAAAUACACACCGGGACAAUGCACAUGCUUCGACGAGAAGACCUGCUGCUGAUGACUUCGGGCUCGCUGUCUCAAGGGUUGCGGUGGCUCAGAUAUGCGAGAGCGUGGGGUUUGAGAGCUUCCGAGACUCGGCGCUUGACUCGCUUGCGGACAUUGCGGUUAGGUACCUUCGGGACUUAGGCAGGGCCUCGGGCUUUUAUGCUAACUUAGCGGGUAGGACUGAGUGUAAUGUGUUUGACAUCAUUAGGGCGCUAGAGGAUUUAGGUAACUUUCAGGGAUUUUCUGGUGCAGCCAUGGUGAGCAACUGCGUUGCUGGCUCUGGUAUAAUGAGGGAGAUUAUGGAUUAUGCGGAAACGGCUGAAGAGAUCCCUUUUGCGCAUCCACUGCCCCGGUUUCCAGUAAAUAGGGAGCGGAGGUUGAUCCCAAGUUUUGACCACAUGGGUGAGACUCCGUCCGGGAAACAUAUUCCUUCUUGGUUGCCUGCUUUGCCCGAUCCUCACACUUAUAAGCAAACACCCAUGUGGAAUGAGAGGAAGUCAGACCUCCGAGCAGAUAAACUUGAGCAAGCAAGGCAGAGGAGGAAGGCAGAGAGGUCUCUGUUGAACUUGCAGCAAAGGCUGGCAGUUUAUGGUUCAGCAGGAGCUUCAACCUCAGGCAAUGUCCCUGAUGAGAAUGUUAAAGGAGCUCAAUUUGUUGAAGGAAAUCCUUACCUUACCCUGCCUCUGCAAGCAGGGGAGAAAGAUGUGUCGCAAAUCACUGUGCCUGAUGUGCUUUCUGAUGGACCAGCAAAGGAUAAUCAUGCUUCCAUUCUCGAGACAUUUACCCCUGCAAUAGAAGCAAUGAGGGAUCGGUUUUCUGAUGAUGCCGAUGGAGAUGGCGAUGGUAAGAGCAAGCUCCUUCCGGACAAAAGACCUGCUGUUCAGUUUAAGUUCAAAAUGAGCAAGAAGGUUCUGGGUCAGUCCUUGGAUUUGGAUCUUCGAAACAGAAGUAUCGGGAAGCCUGUCGCUGUAACAGUGCGCGAGGAAGAGCGAGAUGAGAAGAAGAGAAGAGCUGAGUAUAUUCUCAGACAAUCUAUGGAAAACCCACAGGAGCUCACGCAGUUGUAGAUUUGUCCCUUGAUAUCUGGCUUGAAUCUUGAUGAAGCCCAGCGAUUAAAUCUGAAUAUGGUCCCUGUGGUGUUUGAAAGAUCGGAGCGUGCUGUUGCACCUGGUGGGCAUUAGGAGAGUUUAGUCAGGAAAUUCUUGUAAUCCUGCUAACCUAUUUAGAGGUAAGCGAAUAUCGCUGUGUUGUGACUUUACUUUCAAACAAUUCUUUGAAUUGAAUUCUUGUUUUUCUCUCCUACUCUGUAAUAUUUGUCUCCACAUCAAAGCUAACGUCUGGAAUAUUAUUCUUGGCUUUCAGUUUAA